GUUGAAGUUCAUACCAAACAACCAUAGCAGCUUGAGGGAAGUCUCUGGAACAAGCAUUUUUAAGAUUGGAAAAGAGCCAUGAUGAACUCCAACAAGAUGACCAUCAACUUGGCCCUCUUUGGCAUGACUCAAAGUGGAAAAAGUUCUGCUGGGAACAUUAUUCUGGGAAGCACUGACUUCCACAGCAGCUUUGCUCCAUGCUCUGUGACCAGAGAUUGUAGUCUGGGCCGCAGCUGUCAAUUCCGCAGCUUCAUGCGUCGAGGAGGGCAAGAGGUGACUCUGCAGGUCCAGGUGUUGGACACGCCAGGUUACCCGCACAGCAGGCUGAGCAAGAAGCACGUGAGACAGGAGGUCAGGGAGGCCCUGGCACAUCACUUUGGGCAGGAGGGUCUGCACCUUGCACUGCUGGUCCAGAGAGCAGACGUGCCUCUCUGUGGACAGGAAGAACCUUCCCCAGUCCAAAUGAUCCAGGAACUUCUGGGCCACGCUUGGAUGAAUUACACGGCCAUUCUUUUCACCCAUGCAGAAAAAAUAGAAGAGGCUGGGUUCAAUGAAGAUGAAUACUUACGUGAGGCCUCCGAAACACUGCUAAAGCUACUAAAUUCUAUUCAGCAUAGGUAUAUUUUCCAGUAUAAAAAAGGAAACUCACUUAGUGAACAAAGACUAAAAAUCUUGGAAAGAAUCAUAGAAUUUGUAAAAGAAAAUUGUUACCAAGUUCUUACCUUUAAGUAA